AUGGGGCUUUGCGCUUCUAUUAAGGUCUAUCUUCGUUGCCUAUACCGCCUGGCUCGUCGUCGCUGAGUCGCUCGCCGGCUGCCGCUCAAUCCGCGUCGUGCGGAUUCGCCUUUCGUUCGCUGCGCAGGCCGCGUCUAUUGCGGCCGCCUUCACACGUAUUUACAUGUGCAAGACUCGUGUCUCGUCACAAAUUUAAAAUCACUAGGAAAUUUAAUUGCGCUUCGCGCACUCCUUAUCAUGUCAUAAUUAUUUAAAUUUUGCUGCCUGCUUAGCGCCAACAGUUUGAAGCGUUUGUAGGUUAUGUAAUAAAAUUCGUAUUUUUGAUUUGGGUUCCUUAAUUCUUGUACCGACUGAUUCUCAAUUAAAUUCUUCACAACAAAGCUCAUCACAUUUUUAAGAAAGGAAAAUUUGCAGGUUGAAUACUGAUGUUGUAAGAAAUGUUUUUUUACAAUCUCAUCAUUACACUAAUUACAUUACCAUUGAUAUGGUCCAACGAUGGACCUAUUGUCAAAACUCCUUUGGGAUGGAUAAAAGGAUAUUACGAUAUAUCAUCACUUAGGAAGAAGUAUGAAGCUUUUGAAGGUAUACCGUAUGCACAACCUCCCAUCGGAAAUUUGCGAUUUGAACCUCCAAAAAAAGUACUCCUAUGGGCAGGAAAUUGGUCAGCAACUAUCGCUUCCCCUAGUUGCAUGGGAUUUAAUAUUUUUGGAGCUUCCAAUGAAAAAGUAGUAGGAGUUGAGGACUGUUUAUAUUUAAAUCUAUACAGACCAUCUGUUCGACCAGAAAAAUUACUUUCAACUAUUGUCUGGAUUCAUCCAGGCCCUUUACAUUUCAAACCUUUUGAAAAGUAUGGUCCGAAAUUUUUAAUGAACCGGGCCGUAAUCUAUGUGGAGCUGAACUUUCGUCUUGGUCCAUUAGGUUUCUUGAGCACGGCAGAUGAAAUCAUUUCAGGUAACAUGGGCUUGAAAGAUCAAUCAAUGGCGCUAAAAUGGUUAUCUGAAAACAUCAAAUAUUUUGGCGGCGAUCCAAAUAAAGUAACAUUAACUGGAGGCAGUGGAGGAGCAUCGUGUGUUCAUUACCAUAUGUUAUCACCUAUGAGCGCUGGUCUCUUUCAAAGAGCUAUGUCCUUUAGUGGUGCAGCAACAAAUCAAGUUCUGCAAACGACUGAUCCUCUAAAAAAUGCCAAGAUUCUUGCAAAAAAUGUCGGGUGUUCUAUUGAUAAUAAACUUCAAAUGGUCGCAUGUCUUAAAUCUGUACCUGCAAAGUCAUUAUUUCAAGCAUUAUCUAAAUUUACGUUUUGGGACGGUUUUUUGUUAUACUCUCCAUUUUCCAUUGUUGUGGAAAAAACAAGUAAUGAUGCUUUUCUAGAUCAAUCUCCUAUUGCUAUUAUAAAAAAAGGCAAAAUUAAUGAUGUCCCGUGGCUAGUUACAACUACUGCAGGCGAGGGAAUGUUUCCAGCUGGAGUAUUCUUUUUGAAUGACACAAGAAUGAAGAGUUUGAACGAUAAUUGGAAAGAUCUUAUAUUUCCAUUACUAAAAAUGGAAGACCUUGUUCCUAAAAUAUAUUAUCAUGAAGUAGCUGAAAGUAUUAGAAAAUACUAUUUCGGUUCAAAGUCUAUUAGUACAGACACAAAAGAGAUAAUAGAGAUCCUUUGCGGCGAUGGAAUAACUAGAUAUUCCAUUGAAAGAUCAAUUAGAUUAAUGUCAAAAGUUAUGCGAAAUCCUAUUUGGUUUUACAGAUACAGUUACCGAGCUGCUGGAACUUAUUGCAAUUUAAUAACAAAUACAAAUUGGACAGGUAAACAAUAAGUCAGGGUUUAUCCACGAUCGAGGUCCUUGUCACGUAGAUGAUACUCUUCUUGUAGUACAUAUACCUGAAAUUUUUGAGGACGUAACGAGACCAUUUGAUCUAGCCAUGCAAAGAGAUUUAUUAGAUGUAUGGGUGUCUAUGGCUGAUUAUGGAAUACCGAAGGUGUUGCGAAUGCCAUGGCGGCCAAUCAGCCCUAGCGACAAAUUUCUGCGUUUCUUAGAAAUAAAAAAUCCAGGACAAUACCAUACAUCAUUUUCAACAAAUUUUUCUAAUAGUGAUUUUUGGAGUUCUUUAUCCAUAAAUUCAAGUUUUACGUAAAAGCUAUUAAUCGAUUACAUUGACCUACAAUUUUUGCUAAUUUUCGUACAAAAAUAAUUUAAGUUUUAUUACAUAAAUAUGUUUAAUUUUUGAAGAAUACUUAUGAUUUUUUUAAUAAAUUUGAUCGGAAGGAAAUUACAUAUGCAUUCUUGUCAUUUAGCAACAAAACGUUACUCUUUACUUGACUUAUUUCUAGAAGAGGCUGAAAAAAUAGUUAAGAAUUGCAAAAUUUCAUAUAAAGACGCUGUCAUGAGCAUAUGCAUUUCACCGAAUUCGGUUUACCAUAUAGACGCAGCCUUAGAAAUGUUUAAUGUGCGCAGACAGGCUCGCGGAGCACUGUAAUCGUUUCCCCCUCCAUCGAUCACAGUUUCUACUGACUGACUAUAUCAUAGGAUUAUAGGAAUGACGACAAGUCUAACUCCAACAGUGGUCGAGUUAAGUUCUCUCUUGAUAUUUGUUGACGAUAGCGUGAAAUCUAACCUCUUACGUUAAGAGCGUGAUUCACAUUUUUGAGGACUGGGCGAAUUGUAAAAUCAUAGUUAUUUUAUGGACUAGAUAAGACAAGUUUGUGAAAGAAACCGUUAUUCUUUCUGGAGUCAACAACAAACGCGACAGCUGGAUAUUCAGCGCAAGAAGCUAUACCCAUUUCCAAGGCAUCGGACCACUGCGACGCGUCGAGAAAGCCGUGAAUGUAAACAAUCUUAAGAAAGCGCGGUUUUGACGUAGCACCGUAGGUAUUCAUAAACACAAGUCGGAUGAUACCAUUUAGCCUCGGGAAAGUAGAAUUCUCUCACUCGUGAUUUUAUUCCUGUAUUGACCUCGUGAACCCUUCGCGCGUUUUUUUAUUCACAAGCCGUAUGCUUCAGCAAUAAUUGUAAAAUUUU